UUCUGUUGUGAUAAUUUACUUGCAGAUAGAUGCAUAAAUAGGGCAAAUGAAUGGAUAUUUUGAGUUAUCAAGAUUAAUCCGCGAAUUUAAUUGGGAUCAUUCCUGUUAUCAUGGAUUGACACUGAUCAUCAGUCAUGUCUGCCAAACACUGCUCGGUGCCUCACUGUGUCUCAAAUAGAAAGCGAUCUGCGGCUAACAUCAGCUUUCAUAUGUUCCCUAAAGAUGAGGAUCUACGAGAGGAAUGGGUCCUGAAAAUCAAGAGCAAUGAGGGAUCGAGUUAUAAGGAGAUAUCAGAAACCGGCUUUGUAUGCUCUAAGCACUUCAAGAAGGAAGAUUUUGCCUGGAGUGCUGCCGGGACGAGGAAAAGGCUGAAACGAGGAACAGUUCCAUCCAAGUUCCCCUGGCAGAACAAACAAAAAGCUGCGGCUGUCGCUGGCAAUAUCACACAAAUAUCAUCAGUCGCUAGCAACGGAUUAAGAAAUGGUGCUACUGCCACAGAACCUCAGAGCAUCACAAGAGAGAGGGAAGAGUUACAGAACAAUACAAAAGAGAGGGUAGAGUUACAGAUUAAUAAAAAGGAGAUGGUAGAGGCUCAGAACAGUACAACGGAUUGGGUGGAGGUCCAUAACAAUACAAAGGAGUGGGUACAAGCACAUAUCAAUGCAAAGGAGAGGUUAGAAGCAGAGAGCAAUGUAAGGGACAGGGAACAAGUGCUUGCUCUUCAGGACAGAGUCGUAAAACUCCAAGCCAAAAUUGAAAGAAAGGACAGAGAUUUUUCAAGGAAGUUUACCGAGUGCGAGCUCCUGACACAACGGUUGUCCGUCGAACGCUUCGGACUGAACCGAUUCUGCCGAAACGAUGCUAUGAUUCAAUUCUACACGGGGUUUCCAAGCUAUACUCAGUUUAUCGCGUUCUUCCUAAGCGUCAAGCCGAGUGAUGACAAAGAGUCUGCGUACCAUACCAUAUUACACAGCAGCCCCGUUUCGGGUCCCAUGAAGGAUUUGCAGCUAGUGGAUGAACUUUUCAUGUUUAUGUGUUGCCUUCAUGCAGGCUUACUGCUAGAGGAUCUCGCAGACCGUUUCAAUAUAAACAUAUCUCUGGUGCAUCGAACCAUAGUAACAUGGUGCAACUAUCUGUACCUUCUCCUGUCUCAGUUGCCGGUCUGGCUGAGUCGAGAAGCAAUGUCGGCCUCAACGCCAGUCUGUUUUAAAGAGCUCCACCCGAACACGAGAGUAAUAAUCGACUUCACAGAGUUGAAAGCAGAAACUCCUGAACUGUUGAAUCCAGAAAUUGGCAGUGUGAGUAAAUCCUGGUGUGGGAUAUCAACGCUUAGAGGUCUGUUGGGUCUUGCUCCCAGCGGUGCCGUCGUCUUUCUUUCAGAGCUGUACGUUGGACCGGUGUCGGACGCACAUGUACUAACAGAGAGUGGGAUCUUGAAACUGCUAGACCACGGCGACAGCGUUAUGGCUAACGUAGGAGACGGUGAAAUAUCUCAGUUAAUAGAAGCUGACAAUGCUACUCUAACGGAACCACUGUUCUGUGGAAAUACUGAAAACGAUUUACCACCGAGAGAAGAGACGGACGAUACACGACAGGACUUUGAGGAGAUGGACUUUGCUCUCCGACAGUACCUUAAGAACAUCAUCUGGGAGGUUAAGAGGAGCCGUUUAUUCGGCGGCGUAAUUCCAUGCAAUCUGUCUGGUCACAUUCAACAACUUUGGACAGUCAAUUGUUUGCUUUGCAAUUUCAGAGAGCCUGUGGUUAUAUGAGUUUGCGAGAUAAAUCUAGAGACAUGGGAAGUGGGUGCAGGGAUCGAUUUCAUAAAGCUGGUUAGCAGAAAACAUUGCUUGACAAAUUUAUUGCUAAGCAAAAAUUGAGUGGGGCACCAG